AUGCUGUCCCGGCAGCGCGCCCUCCGGCUAUCCGCACCAGCAAGCUACCUUUUCUCAACCUCAUCACGACGACUAAGCACGUGCGCGGUCCCUGCAUCAUUACAGCAACGACGAAAUGGUGCAUACCGGCUGCAGGGCUCUUUGAGGAGCGGCUGGCCGUCUUCUUCUGCAGCCUUCUCGACACACCCUGCUCUCGGGAAGAAGAAGGAAACGGGAUUCUUCGACGGAGCUACGGAGCCCCUCUCAGAAGAAGAGAAGAAAGCGAAUCUACAAAAAGCUGAAGCAGAGGAGGCGGAGGCUGCGAAGGCCAAGUCCUCCACUUCCGAUGCGUCGGCCAGUAGCAAAGAGGGGAGCGGGAAGAACACACCAGAGUCGGAUGGGAAGGGGAGCACCGCCGGCGGAGCUUCCUCCGGCUCAUCGGGGGAUGAUUCGGGAUCGAGUAGCGGCAAGCGGGGCCGGAAGAGCGACAAGGCCCUUACGAAACCCGUUGUGCCAGAAAUUUACCCCCAGGUUCUCGCCAUCCCUAUUGCGAAACGGCCGCUAUUCCCUGGGUUCUACAAGGCCAUUACUAUCAAGGAUCCCAACGUCGCUGCUGCAAUAACCGAGAUGUUCAAGCGGGGACAACCAUAUGUUGGAGCCUUUUUAUUCAAGGAUGAGAAUGCGGACGACGACGUCAUCCGAAACCCGGACGAUGUUUACGACGUUGGUGUUUUUGCCCAGGUCACCAGCGUGUUCCCCAUGAACGCGCAAGGCGGCGAGGACGGUGGCCUCACUGCCAUCUUGUAUCCCCACAGGAGGAUCCGGCUGUCAUCCUUAAUCCCACCAGGUGGCUCCAACGCUGUGAAAGUCGCCGAGACGCCCGUUCCGGAACCGAUCCCUGCGGCUCCGCCCAAAGCGACGGAAGAGGCGGACCAGCAAAAGGGAGACGUGGUGGCAAGCUUCGAGGAGAGUGCUGUGGAACAAAAGCCUGCGGCACCAAAGAAGACGUACGAAGUGACCUCUUUCCUGAAGAAGUUCCCUGUCAGCAUCGCCAAUGUCGAUAACCUUACGGAGGAGCCUCACGACCCCAAAAGCCCAGUCGUUCGGGCUGUCACCAACGAGAUCGUUAAUGUCUUCAAGGAGGUCGCCAGCAUGAACAGCUUGUUCAGGGACCAGAUCUCGACGUUCUCCAUUAGUCAAUCGGCGGGCAAUGUCGUUUCUGAGCCUGCUAAGCUCGCGGAUUUCGCUGCCGCGGUCUCCGCUGGCGAGCCGGCUGAGCUUCAGGAAGUCCUAGAGAGUUUGAAUGUCGAGGACAGGAUGCACAAGGCCUUGUUGGUGCUUAAGAAGGAGCUAGCCAAUGCACAGCUCCAGUCCAAGAUCACUAAGGACGUGGAGAACAAGAUCACCAAGCGCCAGCGCGAAUACUGGUUGACGGAGCAAAUGAAGGGUAUUCGCCGCGAGCUCGGCAUUGAGUCUGACGGCAAGGACAAGCUGGUUGAGAAAUUCAAGGAGAAGGCCGACAAGUUGGCGAUGCCCGAGGCGGUCCGUAAGGUCUUUGAUGAGGAGCUUAAUAAGCUUGCCCACCUUGAGCCGGCUGCAUCCGAGUUCAAUGUAACUCGAAACUACUUGGACUGGCUCACGCAGAUCCCCUGGGGCUUAAAGAGUGCCGAGAACUUCAACAUUCAAAACGCCAUGAAGGUGCUGGACGAGGACCAUUACGGCUUGAAGGAUGUCAAGGACCGCAUUCUUGAGUUUAUUGCUGUUGGCAAGCUGCGCGGUACGGUCGAGGGCAAGAUUCUCUGCUUUGUUGGCCCGCCCGGCGUGGGAAAAACGAGUAUCGGCAAGUCGAUUGCUCGCGCCCUCAACCGCGAGUACUACCGAUUCAGCGUCGGUGGUCUCACCGAUGUGGCAGAGAUUAAGGGACACAGGAGGACGUACGUCGGCGCUUUGCCUGGCCGUGUCAUCCAGGCGUUAAAGAAGUGCAAGACCGAGAACCCCCUGGUUUUGAUCGAUGAAAUCGACAAGAUUGGGCGUGGGUACCAGGGUGAUCCCUCCUCGGCGUUGCUUGAGCUCCUUGAUCCUGAGCAGAACAGCUCUUUCCUCGAUCACUACCUAGAUGUUCCUGUCGACCUUUCGAGGGUACUCUUCGUCUGCACGGCCAACAUGACCGAUACCAUCCCGCGCCCCCUCCUCGACCGUAUGGAGGUCAUCCGACUCUCUGGAUACGUCUCCGACGAGAAAAUGGCCAUCGCCGAGCGAUACCUGGCGCCACAGGCCCAAGAAUUGGCCGGUCUCAAGGAGGUAGAUGUGCAGCUCGCUAAGACUGCCAUUGAGGAGCUUAUCAAGUCGUACUGUCGGGAGUCUGGAGUACGAAACCUCAAGAAGCAGAUUGAGAAGGUUUACCGCAAAUCCGCGUUGAAGAUCGUCCAGGACCUUGGAGAAGAGGCGCUACCCGAAGACAAGGCGUUGACCGACGAGGGUAAGGCGGCCUUGGAAGAGUCGGAGAAGGAAAGCAAGGCGCAGGAGCCUAGCAAGGAAGCGGGUGAGAAGGAGGCUACCGAGAAACCUAGGGUACCGCUUAAGGUCCCCGAGAACGUUCACGUUGUUAUUGAUAAGGACAACCUCAAGGACUACGUCGGUCCCCCGAUCUUCACAUCCGAUAGGCUCUACGAUGUCACUCCGCCGGGUGUCACUAUGGGUCUGGCCUGGACUCAGCUCGGCGGUGCUGCUAUGUACGUUGAGGCCAUCCUCCAGGCAGCGCUGAGGCCCUCGAGCCGGCCAUCACUCGAGAUCACAGGCAACCUCAAAACCGUGAUGAAGGAGUCCUCCACCAUCGCGUACUCCUUCGUCAAGUCUCUCAUGGCGCGCGAAUUCCCCGAGAACCACUUCCUAGAGAAGGCCAAGAUCCACGUGCAUGUGCCUGAGGGUGCCGUGCAGAAAGACGGGCCUUCAGCGGGUAUCACCAUGGCGACUUCGCUCCUGUCGCUUGCCCUCGACACCCCCGUCGACCCAACCGUCGCCAUGACUGGUGAACUAACCCUCACGGGUAAAGUGCUCCGCAUCGGUGGACUGCGCGAGAAGACGGUGGCGGCGCGCCGCGCGGGCUGCAAGAUGAUUGUGUUCCCGCAGGACAACAUGUCUGACUGGCUGGAGCUUCCUGAGAACAUCAAAGAAGGCAUUGAAGGCCGCCCAGCAAGUUGGUAUUCGGAGGUGUUUGACCUGAUUUUCCCGGAAUUGGACCGGGAGAAGGCCAACAAGUGUAAAAUCUGUGGUAACAAGGAGGAUAAGAGCAACAGCAAGGACAAGGAGGGCAGCUCCGAGGACGACAAGAGCGAUUAG